ACUUAUUAGGUCCGGCAAGUAGCGGAGAAGCUUAGUCGAUUUGCGAUUCAUGGACAGCAGGUUCGUACUGGUCUGACUCGUGAUCAUGACUCGGUCUGAGUGCGGAUUCACCAGGAGAGACCGGCAUUAACCGCGAGUGGGAAUCUUGUUUUCCAACUGAGUGAAUGCUAUUUGUAACGAGGAAAUCGUCGAGAAACGAAACAAGAAAAUCCUCAACUCAUUGUGAUACGUGAAGGAAAGAAGAGAAAAGAAAUAUUUCUAGAUUAAUUGAAAAAUAAACAUGGUACUCAUCGGUUCGCUCGUCCUUAUUCUUACUGUGACAACAAUCAAUGCACAGUUUCAAUGCUCAGAUAGAAAUGCUAACUGUGUCAGUAUUCUCAAUUGUCCGGAAAUGUUAAGCAUUUUGAGAGGUCCAAAACCGUUUUCAGCACAGACCUUGGAAACGCUCAAGAAUGCGCAAUGUGGCUCCGAGGGCAGGUAUCCAAAAGUUUGUUGCAAUCAGCAACAGGUAGACAAAGAGAUGACAAUCAGGGAGACCUCAGAGAAUACUCCAAAUCCCCCGGACGUGACGAACCAUCCGAAUUUACGUUUGUUGGAUCACCAAGCGUGCGGACCUAUCACUCGGCCAAAAGUAGUCAACGGCAACAAGACCGCAAUCUUCGAGUAUCCGUGGAUGGCAUUAAUCACGUAUCAACGAACCGGUAAACCGAAUCCGGAGUACCUUUGUGGUGGCUCGAUUAUUUCCUCGCGCUACAUUCUUACCGCCGCUCAUUGCGUCACGCUACUUCCAAGUGAUGUCAGACUGAUAGGAGUUAGAAUAGGAGAGCAUGACAUAAGCAAGGAACGUGACUGCGAGACGGAUCUCAACGGGCGCGAGGUCGUGUGCGCCGAGAGGUAUCAGGAUUUGGACGUGGAUAGCUUUUAUUUUCAUCCGGGUUACACAAAAACGAAGCAGCAAAACGACAUUGCUCUUAUCAGAGUAAAUGUUACCAUGAGCUUCACACCUCAGAACGUCAAACCUAUUUGUUUACCCUUUGGUUCUGCAAUAAAUUUAACUAAGAAAAAGGCCGUGGUGACCGGUUGGGGUUUGACGGAGUAUGAUCUGACCAGCUCAGAACUUCUGCAAGCGAAGCUACCAAUUGUUCCCAACGAUCGAUGUGAAGAAAUAUAUAAGCCCUCCAAGGAAAUCUGGUACAAGCAGCUGUGUGCCGGCGGCCAAAUGGCUGUAGACUCUUGUAAUGGUGAUAGCGGCGGGCCUCUACAGGCGUCUAGUAAAUAUAAUAACUUGAUAAUGCGCAUCGUCCAGUAUGGCAUUGUCAGCUACGGUAUGACGCCGUGCGGCAUCGAGGGCAUCCCCGGAGUUUAUACCAACGUCGCCUAUUAUAUGGACUGGAUCCUUAACACCAUGACAGAUUAAAGCGCAAUUAAAACAUUGUACACAGAAAAAAAGAA